CCUUAUGUAAUGUCGUGUUCCCCUGUUGCUAGGCAACCGCAAAGCGCAUCUUCCAGGGCAAACGAAAGCUUCCAUCACCCAUGGCUGUAUCUAGACUCCACCACAUGUGGAGGUGGGACAUCUCUCUAGGUUUCAUCAAUGCUUUGCCCUCUGUGCUGUGAGCCGGCCGUCCGGCCGUCAACUUGAGGUUGCCUGCGCCGGGCGAUGGACUUUGACCCCUACGCAAGCAUGCAGGUUGGAAUGCGGGUGGUCCGUGGGGUGGACUGGAAGUGGAGCAACCAAGACAACGGCGAAGGGAAUGUCGGGACGGUGGUGGAGAUCGGUCGGCAGGGCAGCCCAACGACCCCAGAUAAGACCGUGGUGGUCCAGUGGGACCAAGGAACUCGCACCAACUACCGGACUGGGUUUCAGGGAGCAUACGAUCUUCUUCUGUAUGAUAAUGCACAAAUAGGCGUCCGCCACCCCAACAUCAUCUGCGACUGCUGCAAGAAGCACGGGAUCCGCGGGAUGCGGUGGAAAUGCAAGGUCUGCUUCGAUUACGACUUGUGUAUGCAGUGCUACAUGAACAACAAGCACGACCUCUCCCAUGCCUUCGAGCGCUACGAGACUGCCCACUCGCAGCCAGUCACUGUGAGCCCACGACAGAACUUGCCACGCAUCGUGUUAAAGGGGACUUUUCAGGGCGCGAAAGUGGUUCGGGGACCCGACUGGGAAUGGGGUAACCAGGACGGUGGCGAAGGCAAAGCCGGGCGCGUGGUUGACAUCCGUGGCUGGGACGUGGAAACCGGGCGGAGCGUCGCCAGCGUGACGUGGGCCGACGGCACCACAAACGUGUACCGAGUUGGACACAAAGGAAAAGUGGACCUGAAGUGCGUUGCAGAAGUGACAGGGGGCUUUUACUACAAGGAACAUCUCCCCAGAUUAGGUAAGCCAGCCGAGUUGCAGAAGAAAGAGAGCACUGAGAGGCACCCUUUCCAGCAUGGGGACAAAGUGAAAUGCCUCUUGGACAUCGACAUCUUGCGAGAGAUGCAGGAAGGGCACGGGGGAUGGAACCCAAAAAUGGCUGAGUUCAUUGGCCAAACAGGAACUGUCCACAGAAUCACAGACAGAGGAGAUGUCAGAGUCCAGUUCAACAGCGAUACCCGUUGGACGUUCCAUCCAGGUGCUCUGACCAAGCUCAACACCUUUUGGGUUGAUGAUGUUGUCCGGGUGAUAGAUGAUAUGGAAAGAGUCAAGCAGUUGCAAGCUGGUCACGGGGAGUGGACUGAUGAAAUGACCCCUACUCUGGGGCACAUUGGCAAGGUGAUCAAAGUGUUUGGAGAUGGGGACUUGCGGGUGUCUUUUGCAGGCCAGUCCUGGACCUUCAACCCCGCUUGCCUGACGGCCUACCAGAGGGAGGAAGACGCAAACCUCAUGACCACCGAGGAUGCCAAGGAAUCUAAAAGCACGCUGCUCUCUGUGCUGGGAAGGCUGCUGACCCAAAAGAUGGAAGCGGACAGCCCUGGGCGCUUGGUCAUAGAGGCGGCACAUGGAAAUGCAUCCAAGGUCCGGGAUCUGGUUCAGAAGUAUCCUGACAAGGUCGACGUCAAAAACCAGGGCAGGACAGCCUUGCAAGUGGCCUCUUACCUGGGAAAGGUGGAAGUGGUGAAGAUCCUGUUGCAGGCCCAUGCCAACAUCAACCUGUGGGACGAGGAAGGGGACACGGCUCUGCAUUACGCAGCGUUUGGGAACCAAGCAGACGUGGCCCGCUUCCUGGUCAGCAAAGGGGCCAAUGGCGAUCUCCGGAACAACGCCAAGUGCACAGCCCUGUACAUUGCCGUCAACAAAGGCUUCACAGAGGUCGUGCAGGCUCUGUGCGAGCACAACUGCGACGUCAACCUGCCGGAUUCGUACGGCGACACCCCCCUCCAUUACGCCAUCACGGCCGACUUCAAGUGCAUCAUCGAGGCCCUCACCGAAGUCCCCAACAUUGAUUUCACCAUCCAGAACCAGCAAGGAUUCAAUCUGUUGCAGCAUUCGGCUCUGAAGGGGAACAAACUAGCCAUCAAGAAGAUCCUGGCAAGAGCCCGGCAACUGGUUGACGCUAAGAAGGAAGAUGGCUUCACCGCCCUGCAUCUCGCCGCCUUGAACAACCACAAGGAGGUGGCGGAGAUCUUAAUCAAAGAGGGCCGUUGCGACAUUAACCUCAAGAACAACCGCAACCAGACCCCACUGCACUUGGCUGUCACGCAAGGCCACAUGGAAAUGGUGCAGCUGCUGGUGAGCGAGGGCUCCAAUGUCAACGCGGAGGACGAGGAUGGCGACACGGCCAUGCACAUUGUCCUGGAGAGGGAGCACCUGAUGUCCAUCAUGGCCAAGGAGCAAGAGGAUGGAGAGGAAAGCCUCUUAUCUAAGCUCCAGGCCUCUGGCUUCCUUGGAAAUCUUGAGCUGAACGUGGGGACGGCCAUCGCGUGCUACUUGGCUCAAGAAGGUGCCGACAUCAAUUACGCCAACCACAGGGGAAAGUCCCCCCUUGACCUCGUUUCGGACGGAAGUAUAGCGCAGCUCAUCAAGAACUUCUCCCAAAAAUUCAGGGAGCAGCAGGACCCCUCGGAGAACUCCACAGUGGUGUGCAGCCAGAGGCGAGUGCACACGACCCCCAACACCAUGACCAACCUCAGCGUGGCGAAGGUGGCAGCUCCCUCCGAGUGCCUGGUCUGCUCUGAGCUGGCGCUGCUCAUCCACUUCUCCCCUUGUCAGCACAGCAUCGUGUGUGAAGAAUGUUCCAGAAGAAUGAAGAAAUGCAUCAAAUGCCAAACGACAAUUACCAAGAAGCUAAAGCAAGACAGCACGGAGGUGGAGUGUGUUUCCGGUUCUGAAUCCACCGGCCAACAGAAGCUGAUGGAAGACCUCCAGAACCGCUACCGGCAGAUGGAGGAGCGGAUCACCUGCCCCAUUUGCAUCGACAACCAAAUCAAACUGAUCUUCCAGUGCGGGCACGGAUCAUGCCAGGAGUGCAGCGCCGCCCUCGCCGUCUGCCCCAUUUGCCGGCAGACCAUCCGGGAAAGGAUACACAUCUUUGUUUGAAGACGGCUCGCUCUUCCUUCUCUGCCCCGCCACAGACCCACCCUCCCCUUUUAAGUCCCCCCCCUUUUGGAUGAGAUGAGAAUCGCGACUGGCCCGGCCUGUUUCUGAAUAGCCACGAAGGAAUGUGGGAGAGGCGGUUGGUGGUGGGAGAAUCAUGAGAUUUGGGGGGGCCCCUGAAUUCGAAGGCCCAACAUGGCUUGCUUUUUUCGUUCCCCCUCCCCCUUUUAAGAAUAACUAGAAUAAUAGCGUGGCCGUGGGCCAUGAGGUGGACCGGACGCAACUGAGGGGUGCUGUGUACGGAAGCCUGCGAGGGCCAAAAACGGUGGUCUGCAGAGAGAAAGACCUCUUGGUGUAGCGCGUGGACUCUUUUUCCUUCUUCGUAGCCUUAUCCAGCUUCUGAAGGGACAAAAAUACACGAUCUUCCAAAAGAGAGAGAGA